AUGAUUCUAGGCUCCCGAGAUAAUCUCGGCUGCAGGUUCGUGGACGGGAACCAAGAAUUUCUCAAACUGUUCGGGGAAGACCAUAUCUUCAAAUGGCUCCCUGCUGCUAUUGCGCACUACGAGCGCAAUGAAGACCCUUGCUUCUUCAUUGAGAUCAAUGAUGAUUUACCUGUCGGCGGCGAAGUCGCUUCCUGCAAGAACACCGGCGACAGUCUAUGGACCGUCAGCGCCAAACGUCCUUCCAAAAAUGCCCUCAGUCUUCUUCUUCAGGAAAUUCUCGAACUCUUGAAGGGUCACAUCAAAGAAGUCCAAGAUGAUGAUGACAGCGAGGAUGCGACUGUCUCCGAGAGAUCCACGGACUGCAUGAGUGAUGGGGAACUAUUUUUGAUCACUCGAACAGUCACUCUAAAAGAGUCUGGAACUCUUUUGAUCGUUCUCGAAUCCACCAACACCAGUUAUGCCUCCCUGAAACCCGCAUUCGACGAAUGGGCUUCUAAGCCUGACAUCCGCGUCCUCCCACGGGAUGCCAAGCGCGCUCUUUAUUACUGGUCUUUGGAACACUCCCCUACCUGGAAGGACUUCAUCCCGAGCGUCAUGGAGAUCGAUCUUGAGGAGUGGAGCUGGACAGAGGAUGUCCGAGACUCUGAACUGCCGGAUUCUAAGCAACAUGGUACCACUACUCGGGGUUUGCUUGUGACACAUCUGGUGAUAAAGAUGCCCGCAAUGCGUACUUAA